UACCGGGGGAUAAUUCCCUCUGCGUUCCAGGAUAUCUUUUCUUACAUCGCUAGGAACCAAAGCUCAACCCGGUUUCUCGUCCGUGCAUCAUUUCUGGAGAUUUACAAUGAAGAGAUCAGAGAUUUGCUGGUACCAGGCUCUUCUGCCGCCAGCACAAAGCUGGAGCUGAUAGAAAGCGCUGACGUUGGAAUUUUUGUGAAGAACCUUACGUGCCGCAGAAUGUACAGCUUAUCAGACAUCUUGCAUUUACUAAUGGUAGGAAAGAAAAACAGAUCUGUGGGAGCGACUCUGAUGAACCAAGAUUCGUCUCGUUCGCAUUCAAUCUUUACUGUGACUGUCGAGGCUAGUUACGUCGCCGAGAAUGAUCCAGGGAAACGCCUUCAUGUUCGAGUUGGAAAACUUCAUCUGGUCGACCUGGCCGGAAGUGAAAGAAUGAGCAAAGCUGGUGCCAAAGGGAAAAGAUUCCGAGAGCUGACCAACAUAAAUUGGUCUCUCAUGGCUUUGGGAAACGUAAUAUCUGCGUUGGCUGACGGAAAAAGCACGCAUAUCCCGUAUAGAGACUCAAAGCUGACGAGGCUUUUGCAAGAUUCACUGGGUGGAAACGCCAAGACAGUGAUGGUUGCAAACAUCGGCCCUUCGGAGCAUAACUACGAAGAGACCGUCAGCACACUGAGAUAUGCCAACCGCGCAAGGAGCAUCAGGAACGCACCUCGUAUCAACCAGGACCCCAAGAGCGCCUUGCUUGGCGAGGAGAUUUUGAGGCUGAAAGCACAGCUUAGUGACGACACUCGUAACGCCGGAGUCGAGCACCUGGAUCCUCGAGAAUUCAGCGAGAAAGCUCUGGCAUUGAUGCGAGUGGAGCUUGAGCCACAGCUCAAGCUCACCUCCUUAGCAACAUCAUCGCCAGACAAGGAAAAAGAGGAGCUCACCGAGCGUCUGCUACAACAAUUGAAGAGAAUCCAAGGACAAAACAAGAAAGCUCGGGUGGCAUACAAUCCGCAAGCUCGGCCUUGGAUGUACAGGCCUCACAGGCCAGGAAACGUACCAGUGCUCAGAGUUAGCGUUUACAAGAAGGCGCCUCCACAGGUGACUAGGAAAUCGACCAAGAAUCGAAAGAACGCGAGGAACAACCAGCGAAUUCCAUGCCGGCUCGCCGAUGCUCGGCAAAGAGCCGUGGAGGUGAGACACCGGAAUUUUUACAUCUAGAAUAGACCAUAAGGAUGGAAUAUUCAUGGCAUAUGCCGAUGUUUUAAAUUCCACCCACAAAAUCACUUUUCUA